AUGUUCCGCCAAAACCCAAACCUAAUCCAACCCCCCCUCACCCCGCUCUCAACCUCCCGCCCUCCUCUCUUCCUCAUCCACGACGGCGGCGGCACCAUCUUCUCCUACUACUGCCUCUCCGACCUGCACCGCCCCGUCUACGGCAUCUUCAACCCAUGCUACUCUACCAAAUCCACAUUCGAGGGCGGCAUCCCCGAGAUGGCCAAGACUUAUCUCAAUUUUAUCAUCGAGACUUUAUUUGGAGACGAUCAAUGUGACGGAAAAGUCAGUUCUCCUCCAAAAAGGGAUGCAGGAAAAGAGCUUAGUAGAGAGCGGGACUUGAUUCUAGGCGGGUGGUCACUUGGCGGCAUGGUCUCCUUGGAAGUAUCCAGGCAGGUUUUGGAUUUCAACGCUGCAGAGGUUGCUGCUGCUGCCAAAAAUACAGGAAAGCAGAAACAAGCAAGGAAACUUAAUGUCCUGGGAAUCGUCAUGAUCGACAGCAUGAACCCCGACCAGGCCUCCUUCCCGCACAACGUCAAGAUUGCCAACCCGAAUGCUACCAAGAUGCAGUGGGGCCCGCAUACCAAGCCGGAAACCAAGGAGGCGGUGCUCAGGUGCUUCCAUGAGGCGAGACGCAUGUUGGCCUUCUGGGAACUGCCGACUUGGCCACCAGUCGCAGAUGCUGAUGGGGAUGGUACUAUCAGGACUAGUCCAAUGGGACCGCCGCCUGUGGUGCUGUUGAAGGCCAAGGAAAAUGUCCCGCUGCAAGAGCCGCAGGAGGAUGAAGAAGAGGUGUCGAGGACGGAUGUGCACAGGGGUGAUGGACAGUUGGGGUGGGGGAGGUAUCAUGAGGGAAUGGUGAGGAAGGUCAUUAAAGUGGAAGGACAUCAUUUCAAUUUGUUUACGGAGGAGAGGAGAGCGGAGCAGGUGACGAGGGGGGUGAGGGAGGGGUGUGAGAUUUUGGAGAGGUUGUGGAGGCAAGGAAAGGCGUGA